GUCCGCCAGAACAAGUGCGGGUUCUGCGCCGGGUUCGGUGCAGCGGGCCCCUGGCAGUCGGGUUCGGACGGGAGGCGGCAGCUUGCGGGACCUUUGGUGUAUCCUUAUGACUUUAGACUAACGGAGAAAGAGAAAACGAGUAUCUGCUACUUGUCCUUCCCAGACUCCUACUCAGGUGGCCUGGGGGAUACGCAAUUUAGCUUCCGUCUUCGUCAGUCGGGGGGACAGAGGACUGCUCAUUACGAGGAUGGUGGCGAGUACAAUAGAGAAGCACCCCUGACGCUGCAGCGGGAGUCGGCGCAUUACUUCGGGUACGUGUACUUCAGGCAAGUCAAGGACAGCUCCAUGAAGAGAGGUUAUUUUCAGAAGUCUUUGGUGCUGGUGUCACGCCUUCCGUAUGUGAACUUGUUCCAGUCCUUGCUGCAGCUGAUUGCUCCGGAGUACUUUGACAAGCUGGAGCCGUGCCUGGAGGCAGUGUGCAAUGAGAUUGAUCAGUGGCCGCCUCCCGUGCCAGGACAGACUCUGAACCUUCCCGUGAUGGGAGUUGUCAUUCAGGUGAGAAUCCCGUCCAGGGUGGACAAGCCAGGAUCGAGCCCAGUGAAGCAGUUCAAUCAAGAGAAUCUGUUACCAGCCCCACUGGUUCUCCCCAGUAUUCACGAACUGGACCUCUUCAGGUGUUUCCAGCCAGUGUUAAUUCACGUCCAGAUGUUGUGGGAGCUGAUGUUACUGGGAGAGCCCGUGGUUGUGAUGGCCCCCUCCCCUACGGUGUCCUCAGAACUGGUGCUGGCGCUUACCAGCUGCCUCGCUCCGCUGCGGUACUGCUGCGACUACCGCCCCUACUUCACUAUCCACGACAGCGAGUUCAAGGAGUACACCACCAGGACACAGGCUCCGCCAAACAUCGUCGUGGGAGUCACAAACCCGUUCUUUAUCAAAACUCUCCAGCACUGGCCACACAUUCUUCGGGUUGGGGAGCUCAGGAUGUCAGGAGACCUGCCCAAGCAAGUCAAGGUGAAGAAGUUAGCUAAGCUGAAAACUCUAGACACGAAACCAGGAAUCUAUACUUCCUAUAAAACAUUCCUUCACAAAGACAAAACCCUGAUAAAACGACUACUGAAGGGGAUCCAGCGGAAACGCCCGUCUGAAGUCCAGAGUGCCCUUUUGAGGCGUCACCUCCUGGAGCUGACCCAGAGUUUCAUCAUUCCCCUGGAGCAUUAUAUUGCAAGUCUGAUGCCUCUGCAGAGGGCCAUUACUCCGUGGAAGAAUCCUCCCCAAAUUCGCCCUUUCCGUCAGGAGGAUUUCAUGAAGACCCUCGAGCAUGCUGGUCCCCAGCUUACCUGUGUGCUGAAGGGCGACUGGUUGGGGCUCUACAGGUAA